AAUUUUGAAUUCCCAGACUGAUGGAAACAAUAUUCAAAUAAUUUAUACAGUGUAAUUAAAGUUCUAACAUGAUAAAAUAGGAUUUGGAAUAAUUUUGUUUGGGUGACAGGUCCACUUUAAGCAAAUUAUGAUUUGAUUUAAGUAGAAUCUCUAAAGCUGUAAAGCUUUGUAGAAUAUAGUAGUGCUAUAUAAAUAAACAGUAACAACAUGACAACGGACAGUGGUGUUUUAUCUGCCACUGAUUGCUGCUGGUUUCUGUUGGAUGGCAGCACUAAAAUCCCUGUGUUCCACAGGAAAUGAAUGUAAAUACAGUAAAUUGCAUUUAGAAGAAGGAUGGACAUAUAGCAGUGAUUGUAAAUGCACAGGUAAAGGAUCUGUGAUUUAAUGGGUGAUUGUGGAGUUAAAAAAAUAAGUAAAAGUCAAGAACAGAAGAGUUAACAAUUGCUCCAAGGUGUGCCAUGGAGGUAAAGGCCUAUGGCAUAGGGUUACCAUAUCACUUGAAAAUUCAGGGACACGUAGAAAAUGCAGCUACAAGGGACUCACUGUCUGUAAUUUAUUUUAAAUACAAUCAAUGCAGCCCUGCAACAUACAUUAAUUUUCAAAUGAUCUAGUAACCCUACUAUGGCACACUAUGACAAACUGAAAUCUCAUUGUGUGACUAGGGUUGCCACCUGGCAAUUAUUUUGCUGGCCUGGCUGAUAAAAACGUUGCUUGAUGUGCUUGAUGGCAAUGUUAUUAAUAGGCAAUAAACAUAAAAAUAUAGGAAGGUUUGUAUUAUAUCCUUAUUGCUACUGAUCCAUGACUGCAGUGCUAAGCUUUUAGUGUGUAACAUUAUAUACAUAUUGAUAGCCAAGCUGCUAGGAUUAGAGAAGUGCAUUUUGGGUAAUGUAGUUUGUUGCUAAAGCUUGGGUAAUAUGUAAUAAAAAUGUUACAAUGUCAGCAGUCACUUGGUCACACCCCCUCAGCCUAGGUACAGAAAGUAGCAUGAAAUUAUGUAACAUAAGUAUAAAAAACAGUGAUCAGUAGCUUCACAUUGAGUUGAGGAACACAUAGGGAGAUUUUUGUUUCUUGGACUGGCAUCCACUUUAAAGCAGAUCACAUUCAGAGAUUUUAUCACAUCAUCCCUCCCUUCUUCUGUCUCUACUUCCUCUAAGUCUCGCUCUUUCUUUCUCUCUGUGGUUACUCAUAUGACAUCAGGGGAGAGGCUCCAAUUCUCUCUCCCUCCCAAAAAUUCCUGCCUCCCCCUUUCAAAUCAUUCUCUCCUCCCCUCCCUUCCCCCCUUGGAUUACUCAGUCCGGUUUUAAAGGAAAGUAGGAGAGAGAAAUGGCACUCUCUUCCCUGGCUACUAAAGGCACAGCUGGGCUACUAGCGACCAGCACCCACUAACCGUCCUGGGCCCAGACAUGCUGCUUAUUACAGGGGGCUCUUACAGAGUCCUGUAUGCCACUUUGGUAUCUCUCUUUCAUAUUGUCUCUAGCGAUGCUUUAAAUGUGACAGAUCCUCUAGCUCGUACAUCAAUUCAGAAAAGCUACGAUCUCACCAAAUACCUGGAACACCAGCUUCGCUCUUUGGCCGGACCGUACCUCAAUUAUCUUGGCCCUCCUUUUAAUGAUCCAGACUUUAACCCACCACGUGCUGGGGGUCCUGAGACAAUUCCAAGUGCUUCUGUUGACUUUCAUCUGUGGAGAAAUCUGAAUGAUGGACUCCGUUUGGCAGAGAAUCAUCGGGCCUACAGCUUGCUUCUCUGCUACCUGCGGUCAAUUGAUGAAGAGGUAGCACGCACUGAACUAAGGAGAAGCUUGGGCCGAUUUUGCACCAGCCUGCAGGGCCUUGUGGUGAGCAUUGCUGGAGUUAUGUCUUCCCUCGGCUAUAAACCUCCACAAGAAUUAGUAACAUCCUCACCCCCAACAGCAAUGGGUUUUGGGAGAGGAAAUGACUUUUUGAGAAAAAUGGAGGACUUCUGGUUGCUAAAGGAACUGCAAAUAUGGCUCUGGAGAUCAGCCAAGGACUUCAACCGUCUCAAAAGGAAGGUUCCAGCUGUUGUGGCCUUCAGAGUGGAAUCCCGUGGGCUGUGAGGUGGUUGACAUGAGGAAGAUGACUCAUAUUGCUGAACUUAAUACAGCAAUAACCAAAAUGAGCAAGCCACAAUGGUAUUACUGUGUUCACAUAUACAUGAAAUGUUGCACAUUUUUGUUACUGGAAUAUAAGUCAUUGGAAGAAUAUGAGAAUACAAAGAGAUUACUAUAGCCUAAGGAGGAUUUUAGAUUGUGUUCCCAGAAAAUGUAAAAAAGAGUCAUAAGGGAAAUAAUAUGGGCUAACAAUAAGAGGAGAAUUCAAAUAAAUGAUCACUGACUUAAGGAAAACAAGAAAAAAACCAUAAAGGGAGCAGUGUGACCACAAA